AUGUCAUCAGCUGCAGACCUGCCCGGGUAUUGGUUUCCUCAUCAGAAGGAUGGGCUCCUCCAAGAAGUGAGCUCUGGCUCAAUGGAGAACAUGUCAUCAGCUGCAGACCUGCCCAAGUAUUGGUCUCCUCAUCAGAAGGAUGGUCUCCUCCAAGAAAUGAAAUGGGCUCAAUGGAGAACUUGUCAUAUGCUGCAGACCUGCCAAGUAUUGGUCUCCUCAUCAGAAGGAUGGGCUCCUCCAAGAACUGUGGGUAGGACCCUGCGGAUCGUGCUUCAGCGUCUUGGAGAAGAUUGGAUCUUCCUCUUCUUGUUGGGAAUCAGUAUGGCAACCAUCAGCUUUGGCCUAGAUGUGACCAUUGCCAAAUUACAGCGAGUCAACCUGUGGACGUAUGAUGCUCUAGACCAGUACAGAUAUCUACAGUAUUUCUCCUGGGUGCUGUACCACACUCUGCUUAUGUCUGUAUCAGCAGGCGUUGCCAAAUAUAUUGCCCCGCAAGCUGCAGGGUCUGGAAUCCCGGAAAUUAAGGUCACCUUGCGAGGAGUUGUCUUGGCUGAAUUCUUUACUUUUCGAACUUUUAUUGCCAAGUUAAUAGGCGUUACAUGCACGCUGGCAGCUGGGAGCACAAUAUUUCUAGGAAAAGUGGGACCUUUCGUGCAUAUGACCACAAUACUUGCAACUCUACUGGGCAGACUCAUGGUAAAACUCGUGGGAGCUAAAGAGAACCCAAGCCGGAAGUAUGAGCUGCUGAUUGCUGGAGCUGCUGUCGGUGUCGCAUGCUGCUUCGUGGCUCCUGUAGGAGGUGUACUCUUCAGCGUAGAGGCAACAGCAACGCAUUUCGCAGUGCGGGAUUACUGGCGCGGCUUUUUCGCAGCUACCUGUGCAGCUCUGAUGUUCCGUCUCUUGGCGGUGAUUAAUAGUGAACGGGAGACUGUUGCUAUCCUCUUCAGUACCAACUGGCGGGUGGAGUUUCCCUUUGACCUUCCAGAGUAUUUGUCUUAUGCUAUCCUUGGGGUGGUAUGCGGUUGCGUUUGCUGCAUCUAUCUGUAUCUCCACCGCGUCACACUGGUUUUCAUCAAUACUAAUGAACGUAUAGGAGGAUUCCUGAGAAACAAUAAGAUCAUCUAUGCUGCGUUUGUUGCUCUGAUUUUGUCCAGCAUCACCUUCCCGCAUGGAUUUGGCCAGUACAUGGGUGGAACGCGGUUAACCAUGAAAGAACAUCUGGAGACUUUCUUCAACAAUAUAACCUGGGGUGUGGAGGAAUUGUCUCAUGCGAUGAAUGCCUCCCGCCAGCCUCCCAACCCCACCUAUGAUAAUAACUGGCUACAGUGGACGCACCCUCAGCUGUCCUGUUUAGAAAAGCUUGCCAUAUUUAUGGUUCUUAAAUUUUUUAUGCUCCUGUUAGCAAACACCAUGAUCAUCCCAGCUGGAUACUUCCUUCCUGUCUUUGUAUAUGGUGCUGGACUCGGUCGUCUCUACGGAGAAUUAAUUGCCAAAAUCUUCCCUAAUGGGUUUAUCUCAGAAGGGAUACCUAUUAAGAUCACUCCAGCUGGAUACGCGCUUGCAGGUGCGGCAGCAUAUUCUGGGGCCGUCACUCAAACCCUUUCUACGGCUCUCCUGGUGUUCGAACUCACAGGACAAAUGUCGCAUAUUCUGCCGGUCCUGAUUGCCGUCCUUAUAGCCAACGCCAUCAGCCAAAGCUGCCAGAAUUCAUUUUUUGACAUUAUAAUUAUUGUCAAGAAACUCCCAUAUCUCCCAAAACUGGUAAUGGGAAAGAACAGUGCUCAUGAUGUAUGUGCUGAGGAUUUCAUGGUGACCGACCUGCGAUAUCUUGUGAAAGGCUUCAAAUUCAAAGACAUCCGGAACCUUCUGAAAUCUUCAGAAUUUAAACAGUUUCCCAUUGUUGAUGCUGAAGAUUCCAAGAUACUUCUUGGUUCUGUCAGUCGGAAAACUCUCAGCAAACUCCUGUCAGAUCAGCUUAGCACCGAGAGGAGGAUCCAAUAUAUGGUGAACCAGCAUGGGAGUAACAUAGACAACAACUGGACUGUGACAUCUCUGAGUGACUACUCCAGACCUAAACUGCCUAGAACUGCAGAGGAGACAGAGAAUGGAGACACAAUGACCUACAGCAACCAGAACACCGUAACCUGCGAGAGUGAAGAGACGCAAAAGCCUGUAGGCCGCAGGAGACGCUCAAGUAAAUUCCGUAACCAGUACCUAAGAAUGGUGGAGGAGUGGGAGUGUUUUCAGCUUAAUGAGGUUGUGCCUGUCGAAAGCUUGACAAUCGACCCAGCACCAUACAGACUAAUGGAGAAACAGACACUCUAUCAGUGUUAUGAUCUCUUCAAUCUUCUCGGUCUACGUUUAGCUUAUGUCACCAAUACUGGACGGUUGGUGGGAGUGGUGUCCCUGACUGAGUUGAAGGAUGCCGUUCACGGGACUGUCAAGGGCACAUUCACCUCAAGGAUAGCCCCCAAAACAGAAGACACCGUCCAAGAUAGCUACAGCCUGCAGCCCCUAGUCCAUCUGCCCCCAGACUGCGAAGCUCAGGAUUUAGAGAAGCAGUCUACCAAAACAUCGAGCACAUGACACAUGCCAUAGACCGGACUCAUUAACACUAUGGCAGCUAACUCAAGGUGUUUCUAUUACUAUUAUUAUUAACGAACUGGAGUGAUCAGAACAUACAAGAGUGAGCCGAGACAGUGUCUGCAGAACCCAGCUAGAGAUACCACAAGAUGGCGAUCACUACAAGUCAGAUGUCUGCAACCUAUGGCUGCCUUAGCUGUUGGAGAACUACAAAUCCCACAGACUUUGAGAAAUGUAUUGGGUCAGUUUAGGUAUUCAGUCCCUAGCAUGUUGGGAGUUGUAGUUCCCUAGUAGUUUGCAAUGGAUUGUAUGAUAAUACAGAUACCUAUGGCC